AUGGUUCGGCGAUCAGCACGACUCGCAGCCCGAGCCCAAAAGCAGGCUUCUCUAGCCACUGAUGCCCUUUCCGUUGAAGGGGGCAUCACUCUCUCCGACAUUCAAACUGGAGACAGCUCUACCGAUAUUCGUCGCUUUAUAGGGGGAAUCACCAUCCCUGAUAGCCAAGACAGUUCCGAACCGUUCGAAUUUGAUUCUACGGGUAUCCUUCGCUUCGCAGGCGAUAUUACUAUUCCUGAUAGCCAGGAUAGUUUCGAGUACAUCGAGUGGAGUUCAGCUACCCCUGAAGGCAAUGAAAAUCCCGAUAACAAUGACAAUGGAAAUACCGACACGGAAGGCGAUGUUCUCUCGGAGUCCAAUGUCCCAUCUGACAAUGAAAUGGGAGAGGACAACGAGGACAACGAGGACAACGAGGACAACGAGGACAACGAGGACAACGAGGACAACGAGGACAACGAUAACAGAGACGAUUUGUCUUUCGAGUUCUAUCUAUCGUCAGAUGAGGAUAUGAAAGAGGGCGAAGAUAACGAUGAGGAAGAGGACAUCAUCCUGGAGAUCGACAUCACCUCAGAUGACGAAAUGGACGAAGAAAACGAUGAGGAAGGCAGCACAGAUACCGACGAUACCGAGAGCAUCGCCAGCGAAGACCUGGACAUUGGUGAAGAUACAGCAGGCAAGAAAACUUUCGAAGAAAGAGUCCGUGCAAUCAUCGAUACGCUUUACGGCUUGCUCGAAAAUGCGGGUGAUCAGGAAGGACUCCGCAAAAACAUGCUCUCAACCAUGGACGGCUUUGAGAAGGAUGAUCUCACGGAACGUGUUUUGCAGGCCUUUCCAGAAAAGGUUAAGAUAUUACUCGGCAUGCCUACAAUUCUCCCAGUUCGGAGCCUGGCCAGGUACCUCCAUAGGGCAAAGACCAAGAAACAAGGAGUUUACUGCAUUUUUGCUGUUGAUGGCAAGCUUAGGCUUGAGGCUCGAUAUAUCGGCAGCUCGAAAACCAUCCGUAUCAGGAUCACGGGGCAUAUAUGGAGAAUUGCCCGGAAGUCUACAAGCCUUUAUGCAUACCAGAUCCUGGCAAAACCAGGAUGGAAAAUUUCCUCACGUGCACUGGUCCAGGACGAUUGUGUGCCACCAGAAAUACGGUUUAUGUGCGAAACCAUAUGCAUGCUGCUACUUGGAAGUUUCUAUUCCGAUUUCGACAACCACCGUUUGUUUCCCCCCGGGACCAAGGAAGUCCUUAGGCAACUCCAAGUACGGGGUAUUCUUGAUCAUCCCGAUGAGGAGACCAUACCCCUGAACAAGUCAUUACCGGUCUUCACUUACCCGUGUUUCGGCUGGUUCCUGACUCGCACGGAGCCGGCAACAUGUGAGGCAUGCGGUCAACGUCCUCCCGUCAAGCGCUCUCUACGAUUCGGGCAACACCUUUGCCUUACAUGCAUCAACCAAAAGCGAUACGAUGCGCUUGAUGACGCUUUGAAGACCGGGCCGUAUCAACAUGCCAACGGUGAAUCACCCAUCAAGGGAUCUCUCCGGGGCCAUAUGGCCCGGCAAAAUCCCCAGUCCAAGGCCAUGAUCGACUCUCUAGCCGUUUCUGGGUCGCAAUUGGAGCAGGAGGUCAUGGUCCUCUUCACAGACCCUCAUCACCACUAUGUGACCCCCAAGUUCUACACAGAGACCAAGCCUCAGACAGGGAAGGUCGCCCCGACAUGGAACUAUUCUGCCGUCCAGGUAUACGGAAAAGCGACCGUGUAUUAUGAUUCCUCCCGCGAAGAAACCUCCCGAUACCUUGCGCAGCAACUGCACGAUUUGUCGCAACACUGCGAGACGAACAUCAUGGGAUAUACGGGGGAAUCAGGCAGAGAAGCGCCAUGGACGGUGGAUGAAGCGCCCGAGGGCUUCUUGAAUAUUCUGAAGAAGAACAUCAUCGGGAUUGAAGUGUCCAUUGAACGCAUUCAGGGGAAAUACAAGAUGAGCCAGGAGCGUGUCAAGGGUGACCGGGAGGGCGUGAUCGAGGGAUUCAAACACCUGCAGACGGACACGGCCGAUUAUAUCGCACGGAUGGUCGAGGAAAGAGGCGCAAUAAAAGAUCAGGCAAAGCAAUAA